CAGUGAAACAACCAUUAUGAUUUCUAAAGCGUCUCAAGCCAUAUUUUUUAUUUUCAGCAUUUUGAUGGCAGCUUUGGAUACAGGAUCUCCUGUAAACACUGAGGGCAUCUCUCAGCCUACUCCAGUGAUGAUGGCUAAGAACGGCAGCACUGUAACUUUGGAAUGCUUUGAAUUACAAAAAACUCAAUUUGAACCUAUGGUUUGGUACAAGCAAAGUGUUGGCCAGAUGCCGCUUCUUGUAGGAUCAGCUCAGCAUUUUCUGCCUUCUGUACUCUAUAAUGAAUUCAAUAAUAGCCGUUUCAACAUACAGAGUGGUUCUGUAUCUUUCAACUUGUCUAUCUCAAACAUUCAGUCAUCUGAUGAGGCUUUUUAUUUCUGUGGAGUCAGGAUUACCUUUGAAAUACGUUUUGGAAAUGGAACAUAUUUGCUUGUGAAAGAAAAAGGUCAGCUGAGGUCCAACAUUGCUGCAGUGAUCCAAGCCCCAGUAUCAGACCCAGUUCACCCAGGUGAUUCAAAGACACUGGAGUGUGAAGUUUUCACUGAGACCAGAACAGAACCAGAAGACCUCAGAGUGUUCUGGUUCAGACCAGCUUCAGGAGAUUCCCAUCCAGGAGUCAUUUACACCAACAACAGCAGGGGUGGUGAGUGUGAGGGUCGCUGUGUCUACAGUCUCUCUAAGAAGGACAUCAACAUCUCUGAUGCUGGAACGUACUACUGUGGCAUAGCCACAAGCAGACAAAUACUGUUUGGGAAUGGAACAGCACUCAUCAUUGCGGAGCCUGUGGAUACUCUGUUGGUUGGUUUGGCCGUGGCUUUGGGUUGCUGUGUUGCGUUGAUGUUUUUUCUGUUUUUCCUGAACUGCAAGAGGAGAAAUACAUGUGACAACUGCAAGAUAAGAGACUUGCAGCAUGUUAGCGAUGGCAGCUGUGAAACCAAACAAAGAAGUGGUCAGGCUGAGGCUGCAGAGGGUUUAACUUAUGCAGCCUUGAGCUUCUCUAAGAAGGAGACCAGAGGGAGGAGAACUAAGAGGAAGCUUCCACCAGACGCUGUUUAUUCUGCUGUCCAACACUGACCACUCAGCCAUGGUUACUGUAUCAAACAGAAGCAUCUGUAGUCAGUCUGUUUCAUUUUCAUUACCCCUUUAUUGUUACAUUUGUUUUUUGAAUUUAAUUUUUAUGCAUUCCAUUCCUCUGUUCUAAAAAUUGUGGAUACUUUCAAUUAUUUCAUUUGAGUGCUGGAAAUGUAAGGAUUUGGAAGCUGGUCUAACCUGCUUUUUCAUACAUUCAAAUAAUUUAUCUGAAUUCAGUUCCGUUAUCUUUACCAAUCCAAUCAGUAAUACACUUCAUAUGAGGUGAUCCAUAUCAAAAACUAAUAAAGUAUCUUCCAUAU